AUGCGUCCCCAUCCCGCCACAGCUGUCAUCCUUCGUCGCGCCCUCACGACGACGACAAACACCAUCAACGCCACCUCGCCGGCCGCAUUCCUCUCCAACAAACAGUCCAAGAUCCGGGGACCUCCGACAGCCAGCACCGCCAAGUCCAGCCCAAUAAACAACACCGUCAUCGGCUCCGGCUCCGGCGCAAAGGGCAAGACGGGUGGCGGCGACCCCCUCGGCAGCACCUCCCCUGGCGCGCCCUCGAGGCCAAAGGUCUUCAAUUCCGCCGUGCACCUCUCCGACGACCUCGUCCCGGACCUCACCGAGGAGCAGAAAAGGGAGGUGGACGAGCACAAUAGCACGUUUGAGAAGAAGCACGACCGCGGCAUGGCCGCACAGGAUGGCAAGGUUGACGCCAAGUUUUGGAGGGGCAGCAAGGAUUGA